AUGCGAGUGAACACAGCACGGGUUUGGGAAGAUGCAGACUACGAAAAAGUCCGCAAAUUCUGCAAUUCCGACGAAGGAUGGGUCCAAGUCGGUUGAGCUUUUUUUUUCUGAAGAAAUAGGGAAGUUUCUGCAGGUUUACAAGAAAAAAAGUAUCGAGGUCUACACUCAGAUCGUGGCCAACAGCUCAUUUCAGAUGAUCAAGGUAAUUUCCCGCAAGAAACUUGAAAAAAUUCAAUUUUUCAGGCAUGUGCCCAUUUUCCUGACGUUCCUUCUUCCAUUGCUUACGACGUUCUUCAUGAUUGUUGUAUGUAUUUUCAAGUUUAAUAUUUUUUUUUCUUUCAUAGGAGUAUGCGAGACUUUGGAAGUAAGCGGACCGUUUGGACUUGAAUAGAAAAAUUUACAUGAAUAACAACUAUUCAAUUAACGACUAUUCAAACUAUACAGAAGAAUACCAAUCCCUCCUAGCAAAAAUAUUUUCCCUCACCAAUUUACUCUUCUUUUUCAUGCAGCUUACCGCGCAAAAUGGGAUAAGCACAUGGGCUCUCAGAACACAAUAGGACUCCUAAAUCCCAACAACGACAUCGGCUAUUAUGCACGUGAGUUGAAUGACUUCAGUCUUUCUUCGGGACACGUGUUUUCAAAUAAAAGUUUUCAGUGAAUGGUCUCGCGACGAUCCGAGGCCGGGACUUCGUGAUGCAACGUUCGUGGCUCGAUACUGGAGAGGAGAAGCUCAUUUGUUCGCAUUCCGUUUGUCACGAGGUCUCAAAACUUCUGACUGAUUUCAUUUUUCCGUUCACGACAUAAGUCAUCAAUAAUUCAGGAUUAUCCGCCUCAAAAAGGUUAUGUUCGUGGAACAGUUAUCCUUUCGGGGUAUCUAAUUCGAAACGUCGGCGAAGGUUGUGAAAUUAUCUAUGUUAGUCAUACCGAUCCAAAAGGCAAGUGGACUUCAAAUUGAAAAAAAUAAUAUAUAUCUUCUAGGAAGACUGCCCACUUGGUUGGCCAAUCGUGUCACGAAAACGAUCGCGCCAAAGGUUACAAUUAAUUUCUGCAGAAAAAAAAUUUUUUCAACGACUGCAGGUGAUCAAGAAGCUUCACAAGGCUUGCAUGAACUAUUCAGAUUGGAAGAAAAACAAUCACCCACACUACAAACCUUGGAACUUCCCCGAUCAACAGGUUUCGCUUUGAACAAACUUUCAAGCUUCCCUCAAUGUUUUAAGUUCAAGUUCAACCAUCCGAAGUCAAAACUCAGGUUUACAGUGUAAGAAAAUCGUAUUUUCUUCAGGUCGAUAUGCCUAGAGUGGAUCUGGCCAAAUGCCAGCCCAAGGAAUAUCAUCAGGAAAUAAUUGAUGAGUCCAAUGUAUCAGCCACUUCCCUCAAAGAAGACGACGACGAUUAA